AUGGCCAUGGGCCUGGUCGACUACUCCUCGUCGUCUAGUGACGGGGACGAGGAUGUCGAGGACUCGCCGGCCAGCAAGCGCCGCAAGCUUGCUGACGGACCUGACGGACCCGACGGACCCGAUGGGGAAUCAAGAGCCCAGCUGCCGCCGCUGCCUGCGGCCUUUCACGAUCUCUAUGCAUCGACGGUGCGGCAGAGCGUGGUGGACGACCCGAGCUUGCACCAAGGACGGAAGAGGCUGAAUCCGCAUGUGGUUGGCAACUGGCCGAGUCACGUAUACGUUGAGUGGCACCCCUCCAAGUCGCAGCAUCACGUCCUCGAAAGCCUCGUACGCAAAACCCGCCAGCUAGUCGGACACGGCAUCCACCUGCACAGCUUGCUCACCAGCGACCUGGGCACCGAGUUGCCGCUGCACAUCAGCCUCUCCAAACCCCUCAGCCUUGCCGGAUCCCUCAAGGACGGCUUUUUCGCCCGGCUCGAGGAGUCCGUCCGCCGCAGCGGCGUGGCGCCCUUCUCCGUCAGGCCGGCCGGCCUGGCGUGGUGCAAGUCUCCCGACUCGGACCGCACCUUUUUCGUCCUGCGCGUCGUGACCGCCAGUGAUGCCAGCCCGGGCGGAGGAGGCGACAUGAGGCAGCCGUCGGGGCCGGCCGCCAACCCGGAACUCAUGGCCCUCUUGGCGAGAUGCAACGGGGUGGCGGCCUGCUUCCAGCAGCCGCCGCUGUACCAGCAGACGCGGAGCGAGUCGGCAGAUGCCGCGUUUCACGUGUCCAUCGGGUGGACCAUGGGAGCCCCGGAUGAAGAGACCUGUCUCGGGGUGCUGAAGAAGCUCGGGGAUGACGUGGGCAGGGAUAUUUGCAGCUGGCGCAUCGGCGUGGACGGGGUCAAGGUUAAGAUUGGGAAUGUCGUCAGCCACGUGUCGUUGUCAGCGACGCGAAAGGGGAGGAUAGACGGGGAUGGGUUGGACUCUUUGUUCGGCGUUUGA